GGUUCAAGUAUGCGACAACUCGGUGCUAUUGGUGAGAGUUUCUGUUUAAGAUUGGAGGCAGCUGUAGAUGUCUAUUAUUUUGUUUUCCAUGCCCACAAGAUGACGGCAAAAGUGUGUCACUUACCAGAAUCAAAACAUACCUGGGUAAACUGCAGCUUUUGUACGAACCUGGACUUCAAGGUACAACAAGAUUUCAUUCGCCAUCUUCGUGAGACACACUGUUCAAGAGAAGGAGGUUCUUAUGUUUGUCGUUAUGGGUACAAUGGUGUGUGCUCGUCGUUGCCUGUUGAAGGCGUGAGUGAUGAAGACUAUGAAGAUCAUGUGUACAGGCAUCACGUGUUCCCAAACCAAUCUGCAAUUAAAGCCAGGAGAGGCAACUUCAGGAAGCUGAUGAGCCAGCAGAUGAGUGACCAGCCUAAUGUCGUGGUUGUGGGUCAGGAGUGGUCCAUAUACUCUGCAGCACAGAAUUUGCCUGCAGUCCUAAAUGAUCCAAACAGGGGAAAGCAGAGGGAUUUCUUCACAAAGACAUGGGGCGACGGUUUCAUCGAGAAGGCCAACAUUCCAAAAUCUCUUUAUCUACCCGAUGUCAGCCGCGUUCAUUUUGAAUCUUACGUACGGAAAAUCGCCAGAAAAUACCACAAACAUGCUCGAAUGAAAGUUACCGCGCCUAAGCAAAGCCCUCACAAUGAACUUUUGCAACAUUUUCCAAGAGCGAAAGCAGUCAGGUCAUUAGGUAAGUCACCUUUUUUAAUGCCAAGAAAUCCGUGUCGUAGGAUAAGUUCUGCGCAUGAUGACCUGCAUUUGUCUUAUAUCUAUAUUCUUACAGAGACUAUUAAUUUUACAUUUUUAUGUUUCAGAGAAAAGAUUCACCAUAUUGAUAAUUCAUUAGUAAAAGACUCGUUAGAUAUUUUAAGGUUGGAGAGAAAACGCUGUAACCAUCUUUCAGUUUAUGAUAAGAUCAAACUAAUGUCAACAGUGCACCAGACACAACCAAUGAUCCAGUUACUGUUGUCUACACCUGACUACGUAGCAGCUCUGGACCUCAUUUCCACGACUCAGGAGAUCCUGGUACAAGAGCUCGCAGGAGUUCACAGCUUCAGACAUCUGAGUUCACAGCUGCUCGAGAUGCAACACCUCAUAGACAAAAUGUUGAGUACAGAAUUUGAGCGCUAUGCUACGGCAGAUCUCAACAGGCCGCUGGGUGAAGAUCAGCAAGUUUUGGAAGGGGAUAAGCUAGUGUCGAUAAUAUUUGGAAUGUUGCAUCAGAAACAUUUUAAUUUCGUUGACACCUACAAGGAUGAAGCAUUCACAACAAUAAAGGCAGUUGUUAAGCAGAUCGUGAUAGAGGUUAUAGCAGCGAGUGACUUGGGAGACUCUGAACUGGCUCUUACUGGACUGGGUGACCAACUGCAGGGACUUGAACUCCAUGACUGGCUCCACCUCCUUGAGAACACAACUUCCACGUUGAUGUGUCUUGUGCAUCGAGUCAAAGCUGUCCAUGAUGUCAUGCGGCAAGCUGCGGAUGUGAGUGCGGGGAAAGUCCCCGAAUCAAGUGAGAACUUGGCAAGUGGCAUUGACGUCCCUUCACAAAUUCACAUGUCUGUCGUUUCGGAUCCCUCAGAUAGUUUCCUUUCGUUGGAGGAGCAUGGACGUGUGGUAGGAAAGCUACGUGACUUACUGACAUCUGUCUGUGACUACGCUCAUGAGCGUGUGGCUCAGCUGCUGUCAGUGCCAUUACACGCCCCAGCCAGCGAGCAGCGAGACAAAAGCAACACUUCUCAAAAAGAGGUCCGAAGUGGAGAGAAGCAAGGGCAAACACAAAAUACCUUAUCACACGGUGCGUACUGGUUGGUGGAUAAGGCAACAGCAUCCCAAAUUUGUGAUCUUGCACGUGUCAUCGAUACCUUCACAGAGCAGUGUGAGAAAGUUAGCAGUAAAACCAGCACAGCCCUUAGAUCUGCUUUCAAAGUUCAGGCUAGCAAAUUUGUGCAGCGUUUUCAUCACGAUCGAAAGACCAAAUUAAGUCUUAUCCUAGACAGCGAACGAUGGAAACAGGCCGAUGUUCCAGCAGAAUUUCAACGACUUGUUACUUAUAUAAGUGACACUGGAAAAUUUUCACUUACAAGACGUGAGACAGAACCUGAAGCUGGCGACAGGAAGCCAUCACAUGAGUUGAUGGUUGGAGAAGAGAAGUAUGCUGUUGUAGGUACAGUCCUCCUGCUGCUGAAGAUGGUAGCCGAAUACUGUGUCUGUGCGGCAGAUCUAACCGUCAUGGCGCCCAAUUUGUGUCGCCACCUGGCAGAGCUUUUACAACUGUUCAAUUCCCGCUGUUGCCAGCUAAUUCUAGGAGCUGGAGCAAUUCAUGUGGCUGGAUUGAAAACAAUUACCACAACAAACUUGGCGUUAGCUUCUAGGGCUCUACAGCUCUUGUUGUGGCUGAUACCUCAUGUCAAAAAUCAUUUUCAAGAGGUGUUUGAAACGCACCAUCAGACACAGCAGCAUCCGUAUCGUAAUAUCGGCGUCGGCGGAAUCAACCAGUUCGAUGGUGUAGAGAAGGACGUCAACAGCCAUGUUUACGAGAUAGAAAGCAAAGUUUUAUCCAUAAUCAGCAACCUCAUAACUGUGCAGAUGAGUCAGUGGGAUGCCCGGCCGCCAGUUCCAUCACAAGCAUUUCGUAACAUAUCCAGGCAUCUGACAAAACUACAUGAAGCGGUUUCUAAUAUUCUGCCAGAGACUCAAGUUCAAGAACUGUAUAGGACAGUAAAUGCAACAUUCAAGGAUAAACUGAGAGAGCAGUUGAUGAAAAUGAAUGUGGUGAAUAACGGUGGACCACAACACGGGAUCGUGACGUCCGAAUUAACGUUUUAUUUGGAGACUCUCAAAACGCUUCAUGCCCUUUCAUCGGAUGAACUUACAGACAAAUCUAUGGAUGAUAUCUGGAUAUCGACGUAGUGCCGGCGAACGUGCGACUAAAGAUUCUCAAGAGAAGAUAAUCGACGUAGUGCCGGUGAACGUGCGACUAAAGAUUCUCAAGAGAAGAUAAUUAAAUAUAAAUGGUAGCCUACAUGAAGACUACAUCUCACGUGUGUCAUACCAGUGCCAUGUUGUAUCGGCCACGCUGCUCUGCGGUUCGACUAUUGAACUUGGGAAUAUUUUUGUUGAACGAUUGGAAGAAAUGGUCGGAAGAAAAUUAAAAAGUGCUUCAGUACAUUCCGUACCUAACUUAACGAAGCAGAGUCGUUCUUGAGAAGCUGAUAGUCACAUGAUUGGUCUAGAAAUUUCUCGCUUUUUAUAGAACCCAAAGGUUUAUUAUUGCGUUCACUCGGCUCCUGUCGCGAGCGAGAUGAAUCUCAUCCGCAUGAUGUACUUACGCAGUUGGGCACUUAAGUUCAAAUGCUGUCGCUAGUACAGAUUUUUGCUAUUACAAUUAAAGUUAAGAAUAUAUAAAAUUUUAGUGAAAUAAUCUUAAAACCUUGCGUACCGUGUAGCGCACUGGAAUAUAAAACACGCUUACAAACAAAACUGUUUACACUUCGAAGGACAUUGAUGACGUCUUGAGGUCGAAACGCGCUCAGCGUUGGUGUCCAAAGUGUAAACAGUUUUGUUUGUAAGCGCGUUUUAUAUGCUAGUAAAAUAGUUACGAUAAAUUUAAAAAGUUAGAGUAUAAAACCAAAAGAAAGAAUUCAGAAAAUUGUAAUACGCCGAAAUAAUGGACACUGCGACUUCGUUUCGUAACUCGCCAAACAUUGCCAUCGUACUGCAGUCAUUCCGGAAAUUCCUUGCGUGAUCGGGAGGAAAGUGAAAGAAAGUGUGAGUCGGAACUUCUGCGUAUAUUUUAUUGAAUAUGUAGAGGAGGUGAGACGUUAAGUUGCGAUUUGUCAAGAAUUUUGCGUCUGUGGACGCGUUGUUAUACAAUCAUUUUAAUAUUUAUUUUGUCUGCGUCGUCUGUUAAAUGUAUAUAUUUCUAACCAUCAAUAUACAACUAAUAAUUUGUAAAAAUUGUUUUAUGAUGUCUUACAAACUCUUAAUGAUGUGUAGGAAUUUAUGUAUAAAUUUACGGACUGUAAAUUGUAUUUGUUCCGCACUCACUUCACACAUUGGCGAUUAAACGCUGUAUCUUAAGUC